AUAGUCCAGAUGCUUAAUAUUGCAAAAGAGUGUAUAUAAAUAAGCUUUCAGCCAGGUUUCAUUACCAUUCCAAACCCUUUGCCAAGUCUCUUCCUUUUCAAUGGCGAAAGUGUACCCUAAAGCACCAACUUUUUCUCCCCACGUGACUUCAAAGAGAGAAUCAUUUACAGUAUGGAUGAAAUCUCUUGUUUAUCAGACAAAUGGCUGCACCGUCUACAACACAAAUGGUGAUAUUGUUUAUCGUGUAGACAACUAUGACAAGAAAGGCAGCAAUGAAGUUCAUCUCAUGGAUCUCCGAGGCAAAGUUCUUUUUACUAUACGACGGAAGAAACUACUAGCUUUUGGAAGUUGGGAUGGCUAUAGAUGCAGCGAUUCUUAUAUAAACGAAGAGAAGCCAUGGUUUCAAGUUAAGAAGUGUUACAGAAUGCUUAUGGGAGACGACUUAGGUUGUCGUGUUACUGUCGGCUGUGAUAAGUUCAGGAUAGUUCGAUUGGCUGGCAAAACAGCAUUUAGAAUAGUAAAUGUUGAUGGAGAUAUUGUUGCAGAGGCAAAACGAAAGCAGUCAUCUUCUGGGGUACUGUUGGGCGAUGAUGUUUUGGCUUUGGUGGUGGAGCCUCAUAUGAAUCAUUCCCUUAUGAUAGCUCUAUUGAUUGUCUAUGGACUAAUUCGGCGUAGAAUGUGAUCAAAUGAUCUUCUUAACCACAAAUCUGUAGAGGCUAUAGCUUUUUUAUCAGUCUGAUCUGAUACAGUUUUGCUUCUCCUCACUUAAGUUUUUGAUAUAUUCUUGUAGAGAAGUUUUGUUUCUAUUAGGUUUAAUUUUUCUUUGUAGAUGUUGUGAAGAGAGAGUAGAUGUAUGGAAAUGGAAGAAGGAAAGAGACAAUAUUCUGUUCAUUCUUUAUAUUGAUUAAGCAGAUCAGGUACAAUGCAGACUAACA